UCUGGGUCAGAUGUACAUCAUCCAAUGCCCUUCGGGGAUGUCGUAUAACUCGGCUACCACGUCUUGCCGGUCAGCUGUCGUCCCCCAAGUCACACCUUCCAUUCCCACCACCUCGGCCAGGUACUGCACCAAAUCCAACUAUGCAGCCGGGCUUAUCUAUUUCGCCAUCCCAAACAUGCCCACCAAGUUCAUUGAAUGUGGCCCGAACGGGGGCGCCACAGUUCUCUCAUGUCCCUCGAUGCUGAUAUGGAACCAAGCUCGUCGUGCAUGCGAAUACGCCACCAAUGGAGGCGUUGUUGUGACGCUACCUCCAACCGUUGGUCCAGUAACAUCAGGAACUGGAAUUGGAACCGGAACCGGAAUUGGAACCGGAACCGGAACUGGAACCGGAACAGGAACUGGAACUGGAACUGGAGCGAACCCUUGCAUGUCCAGCCAGGCUGCAGCUGGGAAGCUGUACUUUCCUCAUCCCGAUGCCCAUAAAUUCAUCCAGUGUGAUAACAAUGGCAACGCCUUCAUUGGUUCCUGUCCAGGCGGACUUAUAUGGAAUACGGUUCUUGAAACCUGCAACUCACCGUUUGCCUCGAUUGGUUGA